AUGUUAUAUAACGAGGAAGAUAUUUUCGAACAAGAUGAUGAAAUAGAUCAGUAUACAAAAGCUCUCGAUGAUUCCGAUGUUGAUGAUAUUGAAGAUGACAUGAAACCAGUCGGAGUUCCAAAAGAAUUAACAAGAAAAAAAAUGAAGGCACCUGAUUCUGCUUUUAUACGAAGUGGUGAACUUCUUCUAGUGAAGUUCCUAGAUAAAAAAGCAAGUGGUGAAAAAGAAAUUUAUUUGAUUGAUUCGAAAGGCAUUGCUGGAGGUUCAUUAGUGGAACGAUACGAAAAAGGUAAUGUGAUAUCAAUUCCACUCGAAUAG